UUACAAUGUCCAGAGAUGAUUAAACUUGGAUCUGCAGGGCGAGCCUGGGCAUGCUUCUCCGCGGGCCUUAUAAUAGCCAAUUUGGGUAGGAGAGGUCCAGAUUCCUGUCCCAUCCAGCCAGAACAGUCCAGGUCAAUGGCGACUAUUCAUCCAUCACUUUCUGAUGAGGUCCUGGCACAGUUAACCCAGGCGGCUGGUACAGAAGGAUUGGACCAAACAGUGUCAAAGUCAGGCCCUCUGUCUAUGCGCCGGAGCUCCCACUCCAUUGAAGUGACCCCUCGACCUCUAAUGCGAUUGAGAAGCAUAGAGGAGCGGCCCCAUAUGUAUUCCCGAAGGAGUUCCGUUGUCAGUAACAUGAAUGCCCCUUUCUCCCGAAAGAACUCCUUCUGUGCAAUGGGUCCAAACAAACGUUUGUCCCUUGGACCAUGGGCUCACUACGGGCGGGUGAGCUUUUCUGGACUACCCCUAUACCAACCGAUCAAGGAAGUACAGUAUGAGAACACUUAUAAGACUGGCCCAGAUCAAAACAGCCGCUUCAACCCAUGCAGGGCCCAAAAAGCUCUGGAGACCAUCCUGAGAAACUACCUGGUGGACACCAAAUACAACCCACUUACCAGCAGCCAACUGACCCAGAAUUUGUCCGAUCUCAUUCGCAGCAAGCUCAAAGAACUGUCCCCCAACCGCUACAAAGUGGUCUGCAGCGUCUUCCUGGGGCAGAUGGGUCAUCAAGGGAUAAAGGUAGCCAGUCGCUCACUGUGGGACCCCCAAAAUGAUAACUUUGCCUCUGCUACAUAUUCCAAUGCAACCUUAUUUGCUGUGGCUUUGGUUCACGGGUCAUAUUAUGAAUAGUAUUUUCUAGAUCCGAGAUUUUCAACCUUUUUUUACUCGUGGCACACCGAACAAUAUUUUAAAAUUGCCAAGGCGCACCAUCAGUUCCCCACAGAAAAAAAAAAUAAACACACAUUGGCCCUCACAGUAAAAAAAACAACAACAACAACACACAUACAUUGGCCUACACAGAAAAAACAAUCACAUUGCUCCCCACAUAAAUAAUGUUGCUCCCUACAUAAAUCACUUUGCUCCCCACAUGAAUUAUUUACAUUAUUCCCCCCAUAAAUCCUUAUUCUCCCCACAUAAGUCCUAUUGUUCCCCACAGGAGAAAUAAAAUAACAAAUAUUAGCCCCUACCGGUCAGCUGUCCUCCUCCCUGUCCCUCAGUGGUGGGGGUUGUUCAUAGUGGAGUGCUGUGAAUACUGAGCAGUGGGUGGUCGGGCAGGUGUGGAUGUGGGUGGGCAAGGGAAGCUGUGCAUGCAGGCAGGAACUGGUAGAUGUGUAUGCAGGCGGGUGGGCUGGCUGGGUGGUGAGACGCAGCGUCUGUGACCUAUGAUAUCACACCGCCGCGUCUUCAAGGCAUAGGUCACGGUCGGAGCACGACUGAUCCUCUAAGAAGAGCCCGGGCCAACAGUUCACUCUGAAGGUGCAGGAAGCUGCUCUGGCUCCACGGCACACCUUGCAACUGGUCGCGGCACACUAGUGUGCCACGGCACACUGGUUGAAAAAGCCUGUUCUAGAUUGAUGGACUGGGAAUCAGACUGCACAAGGGGAAAAAAAAAAUUCCAGUUAAUGCCAAAAGAUUUGCAAAAUGUAUAUUCUGUUACUUCCUUGUUACUGUGAAUGAUUACACGGUGUGUAAUGGGCGUCCAAAGAAAAUAGGAUCACGUUGAUAGAAAGGAGUGGGUGGAUUCCGGAGUUAAGGAUGGACUAAAAUAUAGUUCAGCAUCAAUCCUAUCCGUGUGAAAUACAUAGACACUUGGCUAACCGCAUUGAACACUGAAGGCACUUUUACAAAUCCGUUUAAUUUCCGCUAAUCCUACAUACAGGGCCAAUAGUACUCUGUAAAUAAAAGUGUAUAAUGAAAAAAAAAAAAUCCACGUUAACUGCUUUUUUUCCCCAAAAAGUUUUUUUUUUUAAAUAAGUGAAUUAGAAGAACAUGUACAGUAUUUAAC